AUGACGCAGUUCUUCUUCCUGGCAUUCACAGAGAUGCGGGAGCACUUCUGGCUCUUCAUGGGCAUCUACCUGGCUGCCUUCCUGGGCAACGGCUUCUUCAUCACUUCCAUAGCUUAUGACCACUGCCUCCACACCCACAUGUACCUCUUCCUCCUCAACCUCUCUUUCUUCAACCUGGGCUCUGUCUCUACCACUCAAAAAUUCAUGGCCAAUUCCUUCUGGGACACCAGGGUCAUCUCCUUCUUAGGAUGUGCUGCCCAGGUCUUUUUCUUUUUGAUGUCAGCAGAACUGUAUCUUCUCACCAUCAUGGCCUAUGACUGCUACAUUGCCAUCUGCAAACCCCUGCACUAUGGGACCCUCCUGGGCAGCAGAGCUUGUGCCAAAAUGGCAGCAGCUGCCUGGGGCAGUGGUUUCCUCCAUGCCCUGCUUCAUACUGCCAAUAUAUUUUCACUACCACUCUGCCAAGGCAAUGCCAUU